AAACCAAACACCAGUUAAAUUCAAGUUCCUAGUUGUCUGAUUCAUUUUCAGUUAGUCAACAACUAAACCUGUAAUGGCCUCAAAUCAGCCACAUUUUAUCUUCAUACCUUUUAUGGCCCAAGGCCACCUUAUUCCUCUUAUGGACAUAGCCAAAUUGUUUGCAGAGCAGAAUGCACUUGUCACCAUAAUUGCCACACCUUCAAGUCUUGCCCGUUCUGGUUCUACAAUCAACCGUGCCAUUGAAUCUGGGCUACCUAUCCAAGUUUUGCAAGUCCGGUUCCCUUCUACAGAGGCCGGUUUGCCAGAGGGAUGUGAAUUUGCAGACAAAAUUCCUUCUCCGACUCUUGUGAAGAACUUCUACACUGCAGUAGCAAUGAUGCAAAAACCAGUGGAGAAGCUGUUUUCAGAGCUAAAACCGCAUCCAAACUGCAUAAUAUAUGAUAGGAAUUUCACAUGGAUAGUAGAUAUAGCCUCCAAGUUUCAGAUUCCAAGGAUAUUAUUUGAUGGGAAGAAUUACUUUACUCUCUUGUGCUAUCAUGCUUUAAACAUUUCCAAGGUCCAUGAGAACGUGUCUGAAACAGAACCCUUUGUGGUGCCAGGAUUGCCAGACAGAAUCGAAUUUACCAAAGGUCAGCUACCCAGCAACUUCAAUCCUGGUAACAGCUCAACUAUGAACGAAGUCGUUCAAAAGAUAUUAGCAGCAGAAGGAGGAGGAUAUGGCGUGCUACUUAACACUUUUGAAGAAUUGGAAGCAGAAUAUGUCAAAACAUACAGGAAGGUUCAAGACCGCAAAAUAUGGUGUGUUGGCCCUGCAUCACAAUGCAACAAAGAGAACUCGGAUAAAGCUAAAAGAGGUAACAAGUCCUCUAUUGAUGAAAAUCAAUGCUUGGAGUGGCUUGAUUCACAGGCACCAAACUCUGUCAUUUAUGCUUGUUUUGGAAGCCUCAAUAGGCUUACAGCUCCACAACUGAUAGAGCUUGGCUCAGCCUUGGAAGCAACAAACAAGCCAUUCAUCUGGGUUUUAAGAGGAGCGGAUGGAAAAGAAGAAAUGGAGAAAUGGUUCUUAGAAGAUGGAUUUGAGGAGAGGACAAGAGGGAGAGGCCUCUUGAUCCGUGGUUGGGCGCCUCAAGUUCUGAUCUUAUCCCACCCAGCAGUCGGAGGGUUCUUAACACACUGUGGCUGGAAUUCUACACUCGAAGGCAUCUGUGCUGGUUUGCCAAUGAUAACAUGGCCCCUGUUUUCUGAGCAAUUUUUCAAUGAGAAACUAGUAGUACAAGUCCUGAAAAUUGGUGUUGGGGUAGGGGCAAAAGCUAGGCUGCGGUGUUGGGGUGAAGGGGAUUCUGGGCUGCUGGUGAAGAGGGAAGACAUCAAGAAGGCUGUGGACAUGGUAAUGGGUGAAGGAGAGGAAGGACAAGAGAGAAGAAGGAAAUCAAGACAGCUUGCAGACAUGGCAAAGAAGGCCCUAGAAAAAGGAGGAUCUUCUUACCUCAACAUUUCCCUGCUAAUUGAAGAUAUUAAGCAACAAGCCACAAGCAAUCCAAUUGCAGCAUGAGAAAAUUAUUAGAUUUUUGAGGUAAUAAGAAAGGGUUGAGAGAGGCCUUGGAGGAGAGUAGAACUUAGAACAUGACAUAGAACAUAAAGUCAUAAACAUGAAAGGGUGUAGACAUUCUGUUAGCGUGUGAGAUCAAGUAUUUAAUGUGGCAGUUACAUUUAGUUUAUUUUACUUAGUGGUGUAGCAGUUUCUUUUUAGUUUGUAACUUCUUUUCAUUUCAGCAACUGUUAUGUAUAACUUUCUUUUUCUUUGAAACUUGUGUGUAUGUUCGCUGCUAUUUUCUGAAAAUAUAUCAGAUACUGUUCA